UAGCAAUAUAGAAGAACCCUAGUCAAUUGACUCCCUGCGACUGCCAGAUUGGGUCAUUUUCUAGCCCACAGUCCACACCGCUGGCGCUGGAUCCCCAUGGCAGCGUCGCAACUAAACUGGCGUAACAGGCUCCGCUGCACAAAGCAACCAAUACCACCACCAACAACAACAACAACAAAAUGCAAAUCCUCUUCAACCCGACAUUAGGUUAAUUGGCUUGUCAAUCCACCCAGAACUUGGCAAUUUCCUUCGCACUUCACUGUCGCUAUUAAUCCCGAGUCAAAGUCAAGAGCAACGAACAGGGAAGUUCUCAAUGAACUCAUCAAGUUGCACGGGAAGACAUCUCUGGGCGGCAAAUUGCCUGCCUAUGAUGGCAGGAAGAGUCUCUAUACUGCUGGUUCACUUCCUUUUGAAUCAGAGGAGUUUGUGGUUACUCUUGUUGAUCCUGAAAAGAAGGAGAAAGAAAGGGUGGAGAGAGAGUACAAAAUCACAAUUCGAAUUGCCGGGAGAACAGAUUUCUACCACCUUCAGCAGUUUCUGCUUGGAAGACAGAGGGAUAUGCCUCAGGAAACCAUACAAGUACUUGAUGUUGUCCUCAGGGAGUCGCCGUCUUGGAAUUAUGUCACAGUGUCCAGAUCCUUUUUCUCUACAACUUUUGGUCACAGAGGUGAUAUCGGUGAGGGGCUUGAGUGUUGGAGGGGUUACUACCAAAGCCUGCGCCCAACACAAAUGGGCCUUUCGCUGAAUAUAGAUAUUUCAGCAACAUCCUUUUUUAAGCCUGUGACAAUUAUCAAAUUUGUGGAGGAGUUCCUGAACCUGCGUGAUACAUCUCGGCCGUUGUUUGACAGAGAUCGUGUGAAGAUAAAGAAAGCAUUGCGCGGUGUCCGAAUUGAAACAACUCACCAACAGGACCAAAUCAGAAGAUACAAGAUAACAGGGAUUACUCCCAUCCCUAUGAGCCAGCUGAUAUUCCCUGUUGAUGAUAAAGGAACAAGAAAGACUGUAGUGCAGUACUUCUUGGACAAAUAUGACUACAGAUUGAAGUAUGUCUCUUGGCCUUGCCUUCAGGCUGGCAGUGAUUCACGACCUGUAUAUUUGCCUAUGGAGGUUUGCAAGAUUGUAGAAGGGCAGAGAUACUCUAAGAAGCUUAAUGACAGACAAGUGACGAACAUACUUAGAGCAACUUGUAAACGUCCCCAGGAGAGAGAGAAGAGCAUACGUGAUAUGGUUCUGCAUAACAAGUAUGCAGAUGAUAAGUUUGCUCAGGAGUUUGGCAUCGAAGUUAGCAGUGAUCUAGUGACUGUUCCAGCCCGUGUGCUGCCUCCACCCCUGUUGAAAUAUCAUGACUCUGGUAGGGAGAAAACUUGUGCACCAAGUGUUGGACAAUGGAACAUGAUCAAUAAGAAAAUGAUCAAUGGUGGAACUAUUGAUAACUGGACUUGUUUGAACUUUUCACGCAUGCGCCCUGAUGAGGUACAAAGGUUCUGUAUGGAUCUGACUCAUAUGUGCAAUGCCACUGGAAUGGUUGUCAAUCCACGCCCAUUUAUUGAAGUCCGGUCUGCUGCUCCUAACCAUAUAGAGAAUGCUUUGAGAGAUGUACACAAGAGAGCCACCCAAAUACUUGCCCAACAAGCAGUGGGAAAUCAGCUCCAGCUUUUGAUUGUAAUUCUUCCUGAAGUUAGUGGUUCUUAUGGUAAAAUUAAAAGAGUCUGUGAGACUGACAUUGGAAUUGUAUCUCAAUGUUGCUUGCCAAAGCAUGCUAGCAGGCCAAACAAGCAAUAUUUGGAAAAUGUUGCACUCAAAAUCAAUGUCAAGGUUGGUGGGCGUAACACGGUUCUUGAGCGAGCCUUUUCACACGAUGGUAUACCUUUUGUCUCUGAAGUCCCAACAAUCAUCUUUGGCGCAGAUGUCACACACCCCCCACCAGGAGAGGACUCUGCAUCAUCCAUUGCUGCUGUGGUGGCAUCAAUGGACUGGCCUGAAAUCACCAAGUACAGAGGUCUGGUUUCUGCUCAACCACACCGACAAGAGAUAAUAGAAGAUUUAUUUACUGUCAGUAAAGAUCCACAGAUGGGGCACAACGUUAAUGGUGGCAUGAUCAGGGAACUACUGAUUGCUUUCCGCAAGAAGACAAACAGAAAGCCUGAGAGGAUAAUAUUCUAUAGGGACGGUGUAAGUGAAGGUCAAUUCAGCCAUGUUCUCCUUCAUGAAAUGGAUGCUAUCAGAAAGGCUUGUGCUUCUUUGGAGGAGGGAUAUCUACCCCCAGUGACGUUUGUGGUUGUUCAGAAAAGGCAUCACACAAGGCUUUUCCCUGAGGUUCACGGAAGGCGUGAUAUGACUGAUAAAAGUGGAAACAUUCUUCCUGGAACUGUGGUUGACCAAAUGAUUUGCCACCCUACUGAGUUUGAUUUCUACUUGUGUAGUCAUGCUGGCAUUCAGGGAACAAGUCGCCCGACCCAUUACCAUGUGCUCUAUGAUGAGAACGAAUUUACUGCUGAUGCACUGCAGUCACUGACCAACAAUCUUUGCUACACCUAUGCUCGUUGCACCCGUGCUGUAUCAGUGGUCCCACCAGCGUACUACGCCCACCUUGCCGCAUUCCGCGCACGCUACUAUGUGGAAGGAGAAAGCUCAGACGGUGGCUCGACACCUGGCAGCAGCGGGCAGACAGUAGCCCGUGAGGGGCCUGUCGAGGUGCGUCAACUUCCCAAGAUCAAGGACAACGUGAAGGACGUUAUGUUCUACUGCUGAGCUGCUCCAAGUUUAGCAUUCAAGCUUUCUUAUUUUCGUAACUUAUCCUUGAUAUGGAGCUGGUUGCUCUUAUUUUCGUCUCUCGGUAUUCGGAGUAGCUAGGCUAUGACUGGAGCAUGGUCUUGAAGGCCUAACACUCUGUUUGGAUGAAAUCAAUGCAAAUACUCUAUAAUUUUUUUUGUAUUUGUGUUCUUUCUGUUCGAUCA